AUGAAACCCAGUCUUGUGAAAGGAAUAGUGCUCCUUUAUUUCUUUAUGAGCCAGUUGAUAUUAACAUCUGCCACCUUGAGCCAACUUUACACAGUAAAAGUGGAGUUUGACAACAAAAUGUCUAACAGUUCUUUACGGACAGAACACGAGUCGAACUCUCUCUCCGAAUGUUGUACUAAAUGCCAGACCGGAUGUGGCUGUGUUGGCUUCCGGUUAAGUACAAUGGUCUGUCACACUUACCCGACUUGUGAUCUUGCUGAUAUGACGGGGGAGGAAGAAGAAAAUUUAACUACUCAUAACGUCCUUGUAGUUCUAGAUAUUGACUGUAUGUCGCUGUAUGACAGAGGUAUAAGGACAUCCGGCGUCUACACGAUUCAUCCCUGGGACAAGUUGGACCCGAAGUAUCGUCCUAUUGAGGUGUAUUGUGACAUGGAGACGGCAAACGGAGGGUGGACCGCUAUUCAGAGAAGGCUGGACGGAUCUGUCGAUUUUAAUCGGACUUGGAAUGACUAUAGAAUCGGGUUCGGAUCGCCACAUUCAGCUUACUGGAUCGGAAAUGACGUAAUCUACCAGUUAACAAGAAACCCUUCGUACUUUUACAUCUCGAUUACACUACACAAUAACAUUAAAUUGUAUGAGAAGUAUGAAGGCUUCAGUGUCUCACCAGGGAAAUUCCAGAUGGAUUUGUCUGAUUCAGCUACUGGAACACUAGGUGACGGUUUGUAUAUCACCGCCAAACCCGAAGAAACUACUGCGGUUUAUAUGAAGUUCACCACCUACGAUCAAGACAACGAUCCCUCCCCGGGAAACUGUGCCGUGGGGUACGGCGGUGGAUGGUGGUUCCGAAAUUGUUACCAAGCAUUCUUAAACGGACCCUGGGCCUCACCGAAGUGGUCAAACCCGUGGGGUGGUACAGUUUCCAGUGGAUCAGAUGUCAAGGAAACUGUUAUAAUGAUUAAACGAUAUUAAAAUACAUUGGGACAACAUAGUAUUUCGCGCUCCUUAUAUAACAAGUUUAACACAGGGCUUUUUACAAAGGCAACACAACGCAAAGUGGAAAAUCUUGCAAUUCCAAAUUGAAUUAAAAUUGUUUAUAACAUGAUUGUACAGUACCGAGCACGUCGUUUAUCUUUCGACUCUAGAUGCACUUCUAAUUCAUCCAUAUCAAAAUAGUUUAAAGAACGUGAAAAUGGAACAGUGAACGGUUCUUAGAGCGACCUUACAAUGUAUCAUUUGAUGCUGAAAAUCAGAAUAGAUCACUAAGUAUUAUUUUAGAUAUUUAAUCUUGAAGAAAAGUAAAACAAAUAUUAUUGGUUCUCUUUUUCUUUUUUGUUUAAAAAGAUUUCUUGAAAUUAAAGUAAGGCAGAAAUAAUUGCAACGAGAAUAACGAAAUGUCUCCCCUUUUGCUAUUACGGAAAGCCCGGGUUAAGUUAAUAGGAUUUCAUAUAAUUUAAAUAUAAAGAAUACAUAGAAUUAAUUUAAUUCUCCUAACUCCCAGAAAGUUUAAUGAGAAAAAUAAAUUAUCAAAAAGGUUUUCUUUUACAUGUAUAAUGUAUUUGAAAUAGUUCAUUCAAGACGAUAACACAAAUAUCAAGAGUCGAAAAUUACGUGCCAAAGUAAAGUUAUUUUAAGAGGACUGGUUUCACAUUGUUAUCUUAAUAUGUUUUUAUAGGCUUAGUUGUUUUGCUUAAAUGCACGAUAAUGCGUUUAAGAGAGAUUUUGUAAUAAGCUUAAUUCAUUUUCUUAACGGGAUAAGCAAUCGCAUUGUGUGAUUUGUUCAGGACGGGAAUCAUCUUAUACUACAAAAAAUAAAUCGAUCAAAUCGUGGCAAAGAAUAUUAUUUUCUUGAAUAAUUUUCUAUCUGUAGUGUCUUCAUCGGAUUCAGCAUUAUGCUAUGUCCUGGACGGUUGGUCUAUUGUAUAUCUAAAUCAAUGUGUUUUGAAGUUUUGUAUAUCAUUUAAACAUCUCGUCUUUGGAUCAAUGACUUCAUCAGAUAAUGCUUUCACAGUUUGUAAAAUACAUUUUAAUGUAAGAAUAAAUACGCCAUGGAAUU